CUUAUGGGAAAAUCCAUACUAUCCAUGGUAGCAGUAACUCUCAAACGUUCCCUUCAAGUAAGCGUAACUCGCAGGCGACAAAUUACGCGUCAGAUCGCGGUUUCCAUCGAAUCCAGUGAAAUCGCAAAUUCUCUGUUAUCGAGGAAGACGAUUAAACAAGAAGCGGAAGAGUUGCAACGCUGCGCGAUGGGUUGAGAACCUCGAAGAAUUCAUGAGCCGUAACGAAACGGUUACGCAACGGCCACCGUCUCUAAAUAAAUGGAAUAAUACUAGAGCCUUCGAUGUGUGUCGGCUCAGUGCCGCAGCGGAGCUUGUCAUACACGGGAAUCUCGGAACAAAUAGAAAGUGUCAGGCGGCGGCGGCGAACGUAAACAGACAGACGAGCUGGCUCCGCACCGACCCGUAGAUUACUCCAAUUAUAAUCAGUAUGCAGCCAACCCAUUGAGACGAGCACUUUGCUGGUAGCCGUUCGAGGAGCAACACUCGGACUGCUCUGCUUGUCCCGGACCUGUUAUGUUCGCGUGACGCGAUACGUCAUCGAUCGUCAUCGGUCACGGUUUCCAACUACGCCGGGCAGUGCUGGCCCGAUCAGGGUCGUCGUCGUCGUCGUCGUUUACUACAGAAACGUGAGAAAUGUGUCAGGCGAAAUUUGAGUUCGCCAUAGAUCGUGGCGGCACGUUUACCGACGUGUACGCCAGGUGUCCGGGCGGCAAAGUUCGAGUGAUGAAACUGCUGUCCGUUGAUCCUGCCAAUUAUCAGGACGCGCCACGCGAAGCAAUCCGCAGGAUCCUCGAGCAGGAGACUGGACGGAAGAUCGACGGAGAGAUCGAUGCUUCGUUGAUAUCAUGGAUCCGAAUGGGAACCACCGUGGCGACGAACGCGCUGCUGGAGAGAAAAGGCGCGAACAUGGCCCUUUUGAUAAACCAGGGUCUCAGAGAUCUGAUUUUUAUUGGGAACCAAGCACGGCCGAAUAUAUUUGACCUGAAAGUGGUCACGCCGGAGGUGCUUUACAAGGAGGUCGUAGAAGUGAAAUGCAGGGCGAUACCAGCUCUGCCUGGCAGAUGCUGCUUGGACAGCAAACAAUGGCGUAGAGCGAAAGGUUCCACCGGAGAGGAUUUGUUCGUAACGCGGGAACUCGACGAGGAGAGGUUGAAGGAGGACCUGAAGCAGCUACGACGUUCUGGGAUCGAGAGUUUGGCCGUGGUCCUGGCGCACAGUUACAUGUUCGCCGAGCACGAAGUUAGAGUCGGCGAACUGGCGAGGGAUGCUGGCUUCUCCCAGGUGUCCCUAUCUCACGAAGUCAUGCCAAUGACGAGAAUCGUUCCUAGAGGCUUCACUGCUUGCGCCGAUGCGUACUUGACGCCGCACAUUAAACAAUACUUAGAGGGCUUCUCUUGCGGUUUCAAGGACAAACUGCGGGGUGUGAACGUCCUGUUCAUGCAGAGCGACGGUGGCCUGACACCAAUGAACUCAUUUAAUGGAUCUCGAGCUAUACUCUCUGGACCAGCCGGCGGCGUGGUUGGUUACGCAAUGACCACUUACGGCAAGGAAACCAAUUUGCCGGUGAUCGGUUUCGAUAUGGGAGGGACUUCGACCGACGUGAGUCGUUACGGAGGCAGCUACGAGCACGUCUACGAAAGCACCACGGCUGGCGUGACGAUCCAGGCUGCACAGUUGGACGUGAACACAGUAGCAGCAGGCGGUGGAUCGAUGCUUUUCUUUAGAUCGGGGCUCUUCGAGGUCGGGCCGAGAAGCGCGGGAGCCCAUCCUGGACCAGCUUGUUACAAGAAAAACGGUCCUCUGGCCGUGACCGACGCCAAUUUAGCUUUGGGAAGGCUGUUGCCGGAGUAUUUCCCGAAAAUAUUCGGGCCGAGGGAAAACGAACCGCUGGACAAAUCGCGGACCAUGGAGGCGUUUGAGACGCUUACCGGUCGCAUAAACGAAUUUUUAGCAAAAGAAGGCCAAAAGAAGACGAAGAUGUCAAUUGAGGAAGUGGCGAUGGGUUUCGUCAGGGUGGCGAACGAAACGAUGUGUAGGCCGAUAAGGGCUCUGACACAGGCAAAGGGCUACGACCCUUCCCGCCAUGUUUUAGCAUGUUUCGGAGGCGCAGGUGGACAACACGCGUGCGCCAUCGCACGCUCGCUCGGAAUGGACACGGUUUUCGUUCACAAGUACGCUGGAAUUUUGUCCGCUUACGGAAUGGCGUUGGCGGACGUGGUGGAAGAGGCCCAGGAGCCCAGUGCUGAAGUUUACGAGCCUGAAUCGUUUGCUCGACUGGACGAGCGAUUGGACCGUUUGACAAAGAAAGUUCGAGCUAAACUGUCGGAGCAAGGGUUCGCCGAGUCUCAGAUAAUCACGCAACCAUUUUUGCAUCUGCGUUACCACGGGACAGAUUGCGCGCUAAUGUGCACACCUAAUCGAGAAAGUACCGUCGAAGGCACGAGACACGGCGACUACCUCGCAACAUUCCUAGAAAGGUAUCAAACGGAGUUCGGUUUCACUAUGCCGAAUCGGAAGGUUCUGGUGAACGACGUCAGAGUUCGUGGAGUGGGCAAGACUGACCUCGAGGAAAACCCGGUUCUACCCUCGUCUAAGGAACCUCCGAAGAUGGAGAAGACAACCAUGGUCUACUUCGAGAACGGCUACCACGAGACAAAGGUGUUCCAAUUAGCUUCGUUGUCGCCUGGCCACACGAUCCCCGGGCCGGCGAUUAUAAUGGACAGCCUGAGCACUCUUCUGAUCGAGCCCGAUUGCACCGCAUCGAUCACUGCUCGCGGCGACGUCAAGAUUACGAUCGGUCAAGGCCUGAAGACGGAGGUCACGACCGACUUAGACGCUAUACAGCUCAGCAUUUUCUCCCACCGCUUCAUGAGUAUCGCCGAGCAGAUGGGCAGGAUUCUCCAGAGAACUUCGAUCUCCACGAACAUAAAGGAACGAUUGGACUUCUCCUGCGCCGUUUUCGGGCCGGAUGGCGGAUUAGUCUCCAACGCACCGCAUAUACCGGUUCAUCUGGGUGCCAUGCAGGAGACGGUGCAGUACCAAAUGAGGUUUUUCAAGGGCGAGUUCUCGAGGGGCGACGUCAUUCUUGCGAAUCAUCCAUCGGCGGGUGGAUCGCAUCUCCCGGAUCUCACUGUCAUAACUCCCGUAUUUUACAAGGAGGUAAAGAAGCCGGUGUUCUUCGUGGCUAGCAGAGGUCAUCAUGCUGAUAUCGGCGGAAUCACGCCUGGUUCCAUGCCACCGCAUUCCACUACGUUGCUUCAGGAAGGUGCUGCUUUCAAGAGCUUCCUGCUGGUGCACAAAGGCGUGUUCCGCGAGAAGGAACUCACUGAAGAAUUGAUGGCUCCUGGAAAGAUUCCAGGAAGUUCUGGGACCAGGAAUCUCGGCGACAAUUUCAGCGACUUGAAGGCCCAGAUUUCGGCCAAUCACAAGGGUUCAUUGCUGGUAAACGAACUGAUAGAUAUAUACGGUUUGGACGUCGUGCAAGCUUACAUGGGCCACAUUCAACAAAAUGCGGAGACUGCGGUGAGGGACAUGUUGAAAUCCUACGGGAAAAAGCUUCUGGAAGAAACCGGAAGUACCGUUGCCACUGCAGUGGAUUACAUGGACGAUGGAAGCGCCAUUCAAUUCGCUCUUCGUAUCGAUAUUGAGAAAGGCGAAGCUGUCUGUGACUUCAGCGGUACGGGGUACGAAGUCUGGGGCAAUUGCAACGCACCACGUGCCAUUACCUUCUCUGCGCUGAUUUACUGUCUGAGGUGUAUCGUUGGUAGAGACAUUCCGCUAAACCAGGGUUGUCUGAAGCCAGUCAAGGUAAUCAUCCCUAAAGGAUCACUUUUGGACCCAUCGGAAGAAGCUGCGGUGGUUGGUGGCAACGUUCUGACGUCGCAACGUGUUGUGGAUGUAAUUCUCCAAGCUUUUAAAGCUUGUGCUGCAUCACAGGGUUGCAUGAACAAUGUCACAUUGGGCACAGAAGAGUGGGGAUACUAUGAAACUGUCGCUGGAGGCAGCGGGGCUGGACCAACCUGGGAUGGCAGAGGGGGAGUUCACACUCACAUGACCAAUACCAGGAUUACCGAUCUAGAAAUACUGGAACUUCGGUACCCUGUCAUUCUGAAUAAAUUCUCUCUACGUCCCGGAAGUGGAGGCAAUGGUGCCCAUCGCGGUGGCGAUGGUGUUAUCCGAGAAAUGAAAUUUAGGGCGCCGAUGACGCUAUCGGUGCUGACAGAGAGAAGGGUGCAAAGCCCUCCUGGCUUAGCAGGGGGAUUUCCGGGCAAGUCUGGGAGGAACACAUUGAGAAGAGCCGACGGUAGAAAGAUCAACUUGGGUCCGAAGACUGCGGUGACAGUCUGUCCAGGGGACACGUUUAUUCUGGAAAGUCCUGGCGGGGGAGGUUAUGGUUUACCUGGUGCAGAAACUUCAUUAAUAAAAGAAAACAAUGAAGAAUUCAUCGAAAGAGGAAGCGUGUUUGAGUAUCGGAAAGCUCAAGAGUCUGUUUAGCUUUUAUGUUUUAUUAUACUAUGCGGGUAUUUCACUAUCAGGAUGAAUGAAAACAAAAUAUUAUAGAAACUUGUAACGUUUUAAGCUUUGUCAAUGAAACGUUAUGUCAAGGGUAUGAAAAACGUCUACACUUACAAA